CAAACCCUCACUAUAACCCUGUCCCAUUCUCCUCUCUCACAGAAAACAAAGAGUGAGCACUACCACCACCACGCCCUCUGCAUAAAUUCUCUUUAUUCCUUCGUUGCUGCCGCCGCCGCCACUAGCUAGGUUUCCCCUCUCACCUUUCUCAGCUUCUCCUCACCACCCCAACAUAGUUUCUUAUUUUUAAGUGAAAAAAACCAUCAUCACGUCACCCUUGUAAAGAAGAGAAAACCCUAUUCACUCUGAAAGUGGCGAAGAUGAGUUUGGGAACCGCGGAGGAGGAAUCGGGUUCCGAAAUCCACAUCCCGGCGGAAAUCGACUGGCACAUGCUGGACAAGUCAAAAUUCUUCUUCCUGGGUGCGGCCUUAUUCUCCGGCGUCUCAUGCGCACUCUAUCCCAUGGUGGUGUUGAAGACGCGGCAACAAGUUUCCUCCUCACGUUUCUCCUGCCUCAACAUCUCCUGCGCCAUUCUCCGCCACGAGGGAUUCCGCGGCUUCUACAAGGGCUUCCCCACCUCCCUCAUGGGCACCAUCCCCGCGCGUGCCCUCUACAUGGCCUCCCUCGAGUUCACCAAGACCAACGUUGGCACCGCUUUCGUCCAAUUCGGCUUCUCCGAAACCUCCGCCGUUGCUGCUGCCAACGCCGCCGCGGGGGUCACCUCCGCCAUGGCGGCGCAGCUCGUGUGGACCCCCAUCGACGUCGUGAGUCAGCGGCUCAUGGUUCAGGGGAGUGGUGGGAGCAAAACCGUGCUCGCCAAUCUCAAUUCUGAAAAUUACAGAAACGGGUUUGAUGCUUUUAGGAAAAUUCUGUGUGCCGAUGGAGCGAGAGGGUUUUAUAGAGGGUUUGGGAUUUCUAUAUUGACUUAUGCGCCUUCAAAUGCUGUUUGGUGGACUUCUUAUUCUAUGGUUCAUAGACUCAUUUGGGGUGCUUUUGGUUCUUACUUGGGGAAUAAUAAUUUGGGGGGAGGGUUUAGGCCUGAUUCGAAGGCAAUGGUGGCGGUUCAAGGGUUGAGUGCGGUUAUGGCAAGUGGGGUAUCUGCAAUUGUGACAAUGCCGCUUGAUACCAUUAAAACGAGGUUGCAGGUGUUGGAUCUUGAAGAGAAUGGGAGAAGAAGGCCUUUGACUUUUGUUCAGACGGUGAGGAAUUUGGUGAAGGAAGGUGGUUUGGUUGCUUGUUACAGAGGAUUGGGUCCCAGAUGGGCUUCCAUGUCCAUGUCUGCCACAACUAUGAUUACUACAUAUGAAUUUUUGAAACGAAUGUCUACCAAGAGUCAAGAGGAUUUCACUUCAUCAUAGGCCAGGCAGUGAAACAUUGUUAGGAAUUAGGAGCAACAAUCAACUUGUUUCUUUGCUUGGAUUUUUCUCUGUCAGUUGUACUAGUCUAGUCUACCUCAUCGGACACUAAAUACAAUAUGAUGAUGAGAGAUUGUAUAUACAACUCUUGUUUGUUUGUUUUUUCUAUAUUUGUCUAGAUCUUUUACCAAAUACAA